GCGCCCUAACAUGUAAAUAACAGCAGCCGCGGUGGUUUGUUUUGUGUCGCACAGCCUCAACAAACAGACGAUAAACCGGCAUAUAUUGACAGAGAACCUCGCUAUAUGUCCUGCGUUUAGGAAAAUACGACAAGAAGAAGAAUUUAGCAGUACAUUCUUAAAUAUAACGCGUGAUUUUGAAGCUGUUUGAGUGUCAGUUAGCAUACAGCUAUGAUAGAGACUAGCUGGGGGAGUUUGAGGUUGACACGUUUAUGACGUAAAUGCAGUUGAUCAGACACGAUCUUCGUUUAGUUCCUCACAACUGAUUAAUAAUUUAGUGAUUGAUCAUUUACUGUUGAACAGGCAUGAGAGUGUUCCGCGUGUUUAUGUGUCGUUAGCCGAGGUGAGCUGAGAGGAAGGUUAGCAUGACACAGCACUGAAUCCUGGAGCGAAUGUUGCUCAAUAAAACACACAAACACACGGGAGCUUCAUCAAUAUCUGCUGGGGGAUCCACAGACAUGCUAACUGAGAACAGGAAGCGUCAGCGAGCUGAAGGAGAUGAUGAAGAUGCUCAGAUGCCACAGGCUAAAAGACUGAGCUCAGCCCUCCAGAGCUCCGAGACAGCCAGAGAAUCAUGGGAGUCUGAGUCCUCCAGCAGCGAGAGCAGUUGGAUCAGCAGUCCCGAUCACGCCGCAGGGAGCACUCAUUGCGGAGGCGAUGUUAUCGGGCCUCCUGGCGGCCCCGGCCCCUGCAGUCCCCACAGUGCCUCCAAGCCAUCGGGCCCCAUGGACCUGCUGUCCUACCAGCACAUCAACCGAGUCCUGAGAGAAGCUCAUUUCCACAGCUUACAGAGCCGAUCUCAGGCCAAGCACAGGUGAUUUCAGGGAGCGCCUGAAGCCCACAGCAACCCCUAAACACAGGGUAAAACCUCUCCAUCUGCAUCUCCAUUCAGACCCGCUCCUCCUAUCUUUCUCACGUUGAUUCUUCAUCAGAUGGUAAACAUGCCCUGGUACUGUACUCUCGACUAACUAGAGCACAAAAGUGUUCGUUGUAAGCAAUAACGGCUUGACGAUGCAAACUUUUGUGACGCUAACACUGUGUAUUUUACUCUUGAGAAUAGCUGUACAGUUUAGUGGGGAUUUGCACUUGGGGGUGUGUUAUAAUGUCAAUCAGAUAUCGAUGUGGACCAUAUAGCAGUUUAGAUUUGAACAGAAUAUUCCAGUAGUCCAUUGCUGUAAUGAAUGCACACAGAAGCCAGUUAACACACACACACACACACACACCAUCUGAAGACUGUGGUGUUUUCAGUUUAUCCCUCUCUCUUUUCGACCAUAGCUAAAGCUGGUUGCUCCUUCAUGGCUUCAGGCCGAGCUUUUCUUGUGUGCUCUUCAAACUCAGAUAGCAUUUUAAAGAAAUGUUUGUUUAUUUUACUAUACCCUUUUUGUAUUGAAAGAUGUACAUUGCAUUUUACAUUCAGAUCAUCUACAUUUCUAAAUAAAGAUGGAUGUUCUUACGCAGAA